AUGUCCGAACACUCAUCACAAGCCUUCGACCUAGCUAAUCUGUUCAUACCCAAUUCAGCUCCGACAAUGACGGGUCCGCCGCAAGUCGUAUCCAACAAAGAAGGUAACGGGGCUUCGACAAAGAGGGGCAAAACGGGUUGUAUAACGUGUAGAUUGAGGAAAAAGCGAUGCGACGAAGCCAAACCCAUUUGUGCGACUUGCUCGAGACUCGGUAUAGAAUGCAUGGGGUAUGGUGUGAAGAGACCAAAGUGGUUGAAGGAGAACGAUAAUGCGAAGAAGACGAAACAAACUAUAAAAAAAAUUGUGCUAUCUAGGAGAUCGCAGAAAAAUAAAAUAUCACACCUAGAACAACAUACAGUCGAUAAUUCCAAUUCCAAUCCUGAUCCAACGUCGAUACCAGUGGAUCUCGGCGAUGACGGGGAUGCAGACGAAGAUCAAGACGGACAAACCAGGAUGGAUGCAGAUGUGGAUACAGAUUCACAAGCUGCACUGCCAGAUCAAUCUCAAUCUCAAUCUCAAUCUCAAUCUCGAGAGGAACAAGCCAUUCCUCAUUUCUGGGAUAUGGGACCAUCCCCCAAAGAUGCAAAUACCAUUUCAACCAAUUCAAUAUCCAACCAUGAUAUACUUCCCUGGAACCUACCUCUUACUAUCAGUCAUAACCCUAUCCCAGAAGAUGCCAAUACCAUCCAAUCGACUACCAAUUUCUUACAGCCAAUGUCAAUCCCGAACCCUUCCUAUCCUGUAUCAGGGUACCUCGCUGAUCCGUCGAUAUUCCCACCAGUAACGACAAGUGUACCAAUCAUACCUGGGGAUAUGAACAGUAUGAACAUGAACAGUCUGAUACCUGGCGGUGUACCAUCAUUGAACGAUAUGAGUAUGGAAGCCCUACUAGGAUUCCUAUUUGGUCCACCUGUUCCACCUGGAUUCGUCCUAGAUCCAAAUACCAAUAGCAAUAUCCCUCAAGCUCCAGCUCAAGUCCCACAAAACAGUAUAGACCAAGCUAUGUCACUCACACCAUUUUUCAAUAUACCUUCGGCUACACCGACCCCAUCCCCAUCUCCGACUGCUUCUCCGUUCCCGAAUCUCACUUACCUCCAUCAUUAUCUCAAUGUGGUAUUACCAUUGCAGUAUAGGAUUGUAGGGAUAACCAUUACGAUGGGUGAUUUUGUUGGAUCACUCGCUCUGAGGUGUAACGAGGUUCUCACGAGCGUAUCGUCCUUGGCAGCAUUGCAUAUGGUAGCUCAGAGAAGUAAGAAGAGACUAGCCAAGAUUGAGGAGGAAACUGCAAGUGUAGAAGAAGACGAAGAACAAGGAGAAGGAAAGGGGUCAUCUCAGGUUAGAAAUCAAUUCACUUCACUAGACGAAGAUGAUGAAGGUCAUUAUAGUAUAAUGGAUAGAUAUCAUGAACAACAACAGGAGACUAGUACCGAAGAUGAUGAUGAUGUGAAAGUAGCUAUAACAUCUCAUAGGAAAACAUUAGAGAGACUUCGAUUCAUCUCUUCGAAAGACCUAGUAGCGGAAGAAAUCAUACUUUCAGUUUGUUUUGCGAUAUCGUAUAAUGUCUUUUGUGGUGGUACGUCCAAGAAAUUGAAAGAGUUGAUAUCGAUCUCAAGGAGAUGCUUGAGUGCUGCGCUGUACUCUUCCCCUGAGUUAGGUCUCACCGGUAAUAGCUCGAAGAAUACGAAUAUACCUGGUUCUAGUCCAUGGUCAAAAUACCCUAUCUUGUUAGAAUCAAUGAUUUGGAUUGACAUCAUAUCAUCCGUGACAUACAAUAAAGCUUCCACCUUGUUGCCUAUGUACAGAAAAUUAUUGAGUCACAUGCCUUAUGACCAAUUUGGGAAUAAUGGUAAACCUCUUGUGUUGAUGGAUAAAAUGAUGGGAUGUGAUAGUACGACUCUCCUGGCAAUGUGCGAGACAGUAGCUCUAUCAGAAUGGAAAGAAAAAGCUGAAUUUGUCGGAUGUCUAUCUUACAAGGAGUUGUUGGAAAGAUCAUCAAAGAUUGAAAAAUUGUUGGAUGAGAGAUCGUGGAGGGAAUCACAUCUGGAUAUCAACUCGUUCUCGUUUUCGUCAACAUCGCCGACUUCAUUGAGUGGAAAUGAUGGACAAACGAAGGCAAUGGAAGGAGAAUUGAGAAGAGUCAUGAGUGACGUGUUUUAUGGGUCGGUCAAGGUCCUGUUGGCUGUCACUGUCAAUGGACCUUAUCCAAGGGUCCCUGAGAUAGCAUCGGCAGUGGUGGAAACUAUCGAAGCCCUCAACCGACUGGAUAUCCAACAACAGUCCAAUGUCCAGAUUCACCGUGCGGUAGUUCUACCGAUAACUAUUGCAGGGUGUCACUGUGAGACUGAAGAACAACAAGCUUUUUUCAGAAACUGCUUCGCCGCGUUGGGUCACGAGGCCAAAGCUUUUGGAAAUACUGGAUCGGCAUUGGAAUUGAUGGAGCAAGUUUGGAAGAAACGUUCAGCAGGGAUAGAAAGGGUAGAUUGGCGAGAGACAAUGUAUGAGUUGGGCUGGAAAUCUGGUAUCUUGUUGAUUUAG